AUGGAAUACUUGCAUAAUGAUUAUCAUUGUCAAGUUGCACCAAGCAGUAUGCGUGGAUCAUUAACUGUUUGUGUACUUGGUUUUCUUUUUCCAUUUAUUAUUAUAGUAUGCAGCUAUGUAUAUACUAUAUAUUAUGUUCGCCAGCAUAAUCCAACAAUCAUAACAAUUAACCGACGAACAAAUAUGCGUCGUGAUAUGAUUAUCUUAAAACGUGUACUGAUUAUUCUUACACUCUUGACAUCUUCUGCUGCUCCACAUGCACUUUUUCCUAUAGCUUACCGAAUUCUUGGAACUCUUCCAACAUGGUUAGUUGCUUUGGAAUGGCUUCUCACCAUUGUCGCACUUAUCUCUAUUGCAGUGAUACUUCCAUUGGUUUAUGAAUGUCAUAAAUACAGUGAUGCAAAUUUACUUUCAGUUAUAUCACCUGAACGGAAACGUGAAUUGCACACCGCUACAGUUAAUUGUAUAUUACGUGAUGGUCUUGCAUUGGGAGUAUUUCGUCAACCCGGUAUGAGUCAAUUCCUCCAAAUAGCUGUUCCUGGAUAUGCUGGCCCGAACGGUAAAACGUUGAUUUUUUUUGUACUUACAUGUGAUCUAUGGCGAAGUUCGAAGCGAGUACAUUACAUUAGUCUUACUGGUCAUGUUUUUACUAAUAAAUAUAAAACUGUUUCAAUCGUACUUGGUUGUCAUCGUGUUAUCGGCCGUCAUUUAUCAACAACUAUUGAACGUUAUAUAGAAUUUGAAUUAAAACGACUUAAUAUUAAACAAGAACAACUUGUUAGCAUUACCACGGAUAAUGGUUCUGACAUGAAGAAAGCAACAUCAACACUUAAAUUUGAUCUUAGCUCGAAUUCUGACGAUUGGGACGAUAUUAAUGAUAUUGAUUAUGGCGCAUCUGAUAUUGAUAAAAACUUAAUUGCAGUAGCUACGUAUUUACUCAGUGAUGAAGAUAAAGACGAUGAUAAUGAAGGUUGA